GCCAGCCGCCCGCUCGCAUUCACUGAACAGCAUUUAAAGUAGUUACACGCUAGUUCCUGUGGCGUAGUGAGAGUAACCAAUCGUUAGUCCAAGAGUUGAAGUACAGCAAACUAAGCAGAAGAAAGUAGUUCUUUCUAGUGUAAAAAAGUGUUCAAGUUUCAUCAAAUUUAUCGAAUAGAACAAAGAUGGCAGCCAAAGCACCAGCAGUCGGAAUCGAUCUCGGCACCACCUACAGUUGUGUUGGAGUUUUCCAGCAUGGCAAGGUCGAAAUCAUCGCCAACGACCAGGGUAACCGGACGACACCGUCCUACGUGGCGUUCACCGACACAGAGCGUCUGAUCGGCGAUGCUGCCAAGAAUCAAGUUGCAAUGAACCCGACCAACACAAUCUUCGACGCCAAGCGUCUGAUUGGACGCAAGUUCGAUGAUCCGACCGUACAGGCCGACAUGAAACACUGGCCAUUCGAUGUGAUCUCGGUCGAGGGUAAGCCAAAGAUUCAAGUUGAAUACAAGGGCGAAACAAAGAACUUCUUCCCGGAGGAAAUCAGUUCCAUGGUGCUGACCAAAAUGAAGGAAACCGCUGAAGCCUAUCUGGGUAAGACGGUGACAAAUGCCGUCAUCACUGUGCCUGCUUACUUCAAUGAUUCGCAGCGUCAGGCCACCAAGGAUGCCGGAACGAUUUCCGGUUUGAACGUGCUGCGUAUCAUCAACGAACCGACCGCCGCUGCCAUCGCUUAUGGUCUCGAUAAGAAAACAGCCGGCGAGCGGAACGUGUUGAUCUUUGACUUGGGCGGCGGUACCUUCGAUGUGUCCAUUCUGUCGAUCGACGAUGGUAUCUUCGAAGUCAAGUCCACCGCUGGUGAUACUCAUCUUGGUGGUGAGGACUUCGACAAUCGUCUGGUGAAUCACUUUGCUACGGAAUUCAAGCGUAAGCACAAGAAGGAUCUGUCAACCAACAAGCGUGCCUUGCGUCGUCUACGAACGGCUUGCGAGCGGGCGAAACGUACUCUGUCGUCAUCGACUCAGGCAAGCAUUGAGAUUGAUUCACUGUUCGAGGGUACCGAUUUCUACACCUCGAUCACCCGUGCCCGUUUCGAGGAACUGAACUCGGAUUUGUUCCGUUCCACCAUGGAACCGGUUGAGAAGGCCAUCCGAGAUGCUAAGAUGGACAAAGCAGGCAUUCACGAUAUUGUCUUGGUCGGUGGAUCGACCCGUAUCCCGAAGGUACAGAAGUUGCUUCAGGACUUCUUCAAUGGCAAGGAACUGAACAAGUCGAUUAAUCCCGAUGAGGCCGUUGCUUAUGGUGCUGCCGUUCAGGCAGCUAUUUUGCACGGUGACAAGUCCGAGGAAGUACAAGAUCUACUGCUGCUCGAUGUCACUCCACUGUCGCUCGGUAUCGAAACCGCUGGAGGUGUGAUGAGCGUUCUGAUCAAGCGUAACACUACCAUUCCUACCAAGCAAACCCAAACCUUCACCACCUACUCGGACAAUCAGCCUGGUGUACUGAUUCAGGUGUUCGAAGGUGAACGUGCCAUGACUAAGGACAAUAAUUUGCUCGGAAAGUUCGAACUUUCUGGCAUUCCCCCAGCACCACGUGGCGUUCCCCAGAUUGAAGUUACCUUCGAUAUCGAUGCUAACGGUAUUCUGAAUGUAACAGCAUUGGAAAAAUCUACGAACAAGGAGAACAAGAUCACCAUCACCAACGACAAGGGUCGUCUGAGCAAAGAGGACAUUGAGCGAAUGGUGAAUGAAGCGGAGAAGUACCGAACGGAGGACGAGAAGCAAAAGGAAACCAUUUCCGCCAAGAACGCUCUGGAAUCGUACUGCUUCAACAUGAAGGCAACCAUGGAAGACGACAAGCUGAAGGACAAAAUCAGCGACAGCGACAAGACCCUCAUCAUGGAUAAGUGCAACGACACCAUCAAGUGGUUGGAUGCUAAUCAACUGGCGGAGAAGGAAGAAUACGAGCACCGACAGAAGGAGCUGGAAUCCGUCUGCAACCCAAUCAUUACCAAACUGUACCAGAGUGCUGGCGGUGCCCCCGGUGGCAUGCCUGGAUUCCCAGGUGGUGCUCCGGGAGCUGGCGGUGCUGCCCCUGGCGCAGGAGCUGGUACCGGAUCCGGACCAACUAUCGAGGAAGUUGAUUAAAUGCCUUCAUAACGUUCACAUUUUAAGAGAAAUAAAACACUCCAAAAUGAGUUGAUACAGAAAAUAA